AGAUAAUUUGCAGAUAGGCAGAAUAUCAUCACAGAUAUGGAUAGAGAGAGAAUCACAAGAAAAUGGGAAGUAUUCCAAGGUAGAAAUAGGUUUUAUUGUAAUGGUAAAUUAAUGACUGCCCCAAAUUCUGGAGUGUUUUUGUUAACUGUCUGCCUCAUAACUGUAACUAGUAUGCUGUUCUUCAUAUUUGACUGUAAAUAUCUGGCAGAAAAUGUCACCAUAGCCAUCCCAAUUAUUGGGGGAAUGUUGUUCAUAUUCACCAUGUCUUCCUUGUUGAGAACAAGUCUUUCAGAUCCUGGAAUAAUUCCAAGGGCCACCCUAGAAGAAGCACAAUAUGUGGAAAAACAAAUUGAAGUAACAAAUUCUGCAAACAGUCCUACUUAUAGACCUCCUCCACGUACAAAAGAGGUUUUGGUGAAGGGGCAGACAAUUAAGUUGAAAUAUUGCUUUACUUGCAAAAUUUUCAGGCCUCCUAGAGCAUCACAUUGCAGUAUUUGUGACAACUGUGUGGAACGGUUUGAUCACCACUGUCCUUGGGUUGGAAACUGUGUUGGAAGAAGAAACUAUAGGUUCUUUUACAUGUUCAUAAUUUCCUUGGCAUUUUUGGCAGUUUUUAUAUUUGCAUGUGCAGUUGCUCAUUUAAUAUUGAUGACCAAGGAUGAUCGUCAAUUUCUAGAUGCUGUUAAGGAAUCUCCUCCAAGUGUCAUAGUUGCAGUUAUCUGUUUUUUCAGUGUCUGGAGCAUCCUAGGGCUGGCUGGGUUUCAUACCUAUCUGACAACUAGCAAUCAAACUACAAAUGAAGAUAUCAAAGGAUCUUUUACUAGUAAAAGAGGACAGGAAAACUUCAAUCCUUAUUCUAGAGGAAAUGUGUGCUUGAAUUGUUUCCAUAUACUGUGUGGACCUGUUACGCCAUCAUUGAUUGACAGGAGAGGAUUAGUAACUGAUGAUUAUCGCUAUGAGAACACUAGACCUAUCUCAAACGAACCAACAUUGCCAAUGAAAAAUUUUGGAUUCCAUCCACAGAAUGGCCCCCAACAAGUAACCACCAACAGCACAGAAAUGCCAGGAAUCUACCGCCAAACGACAGAAACGACCGAAAGCAACGCAGGUAGCGUGACUCAUUUGGUGACCAGCGAACAACCGCUAGCCAUCGCCCCUGCCGCCCUACCACUAUCGAAGCCCCACGAGGAUUCUGCGCAAUACAAAUCACACCCCAGCCUAAACCACUCGCCCGUCUACAACAACAUCACCCCCACCGUUCUGGGCCAAUUCAACAAAUCGCACAGUUAUGCGGACAGCAUCGACGCUGCCGGUAAGGAAGAGCGCCCCAGAGAGGCGACCUUGACCGUGACGGACCUCCAUCUUGAGCCGGUGAUCCUGCGCGAGAGCCUCAUUUUGGCUAAGGCGCAGCUGGACAAUGAUAUGACUGCGCAGGAGAAGGAGAACAGCCUGUUUAGCGUGAGCCGGCUGCGGCUGUUGCAGGACACUACGAUGAUCGAGAGUGCGCUGGAUCUGGACUCGCUAGACGGGUCCAGUCUUGGCACGAAUAGCCAGGCGGGGUUGAUGCGGGUGGAGGGGUGAAGAUUGUCGUUUGAUUCAAGUCUAGCAAUGCCAGGGAAUCUUUGGAACAUGGAGGUCAAGUGACCUCACCCACAACACAUGAUAUUUCUUCGUUCUUCAUAUUGAGAAGCUGCGAGUGGAGCCAUAGCUCAGUGAUCUGUGACUUCCACGACGGUGACUGGAGUUCAAACCCCUACGAGGCAUCAAUUUUUUUUUAAUUUCUGUCACUCAAGUAAGGUUUUUCAUGCAGAAAAGAUAUUUUCCUUGAGGUUUCAAAGAUUAGCUGGUAUAGCUCGACGCUUGUUGUCGUUGGUCGACGUUGACUAAGUAUUAGGUUGAUAGCGGAUAUAUUUUAUUAAGUUUUGAAAUUUACUAUAUUUAUUUUUGUAUAUUUUACAUGAUGGAGCGACUAGGUUCUAGUGUUGAUAAGGUUAUCUUAUUAGGAGAUUGAAUUUUUUUCAGAGGAUUUAAAUAUCUUGUACAUAUUUUGAAAUGUGAGAAAGAUGCAAAAAUGUGCUUUUCAAUAAAUUCUGAUAUACCUGUUGCCGAAAUAACUGAAAUAUAUUGAUAAUGAAAUG